AUGGCUCGCUCUCAAAAUCUAUACCAAUAUUACCAUGGGCAUGAACUUGGAUCUGAUGGCAUAGCUCAUCGAAAAGGUGGUCCUAGAGGGCAACAUUCGCAGAACUAUUCCCCAAAAUAUGUCCAUCAACCCGAAUGGUCUCAGCAUAAGGAGAACAGUCUUGAACCUCCCCAAUCUAUCAGUCAACUAUUUACCCCCUACACACCUUCACUUCCAAAAGGCUUCGACAAUGUCCUAGGCCCAAACACAAUUUCCAUUGUAGAAAGCCAUGCUGAGGGUGAAGCCUGUGACGUCGUCAUCGGCGGAUUUGAAAACAUUCGCGGCCGCUCAAUGUACGGACGACUCCUCAAUUUUCGCAGAGAACAUGACCACCGCGUUAAGCUCUUGUUGAACGAGCCUCGUGGCUGGAACAACAAAAACGCUAUCUUUCUUCUCAAGCCCAUCGAUCCUGACUCAGAGCGAUGUCUGGUUAUGAUCAAGAGUGACGGAUACUUCCCUUUCUCUGUGUCGAGUAUUAUGUGCGCUACCAAUGUCCUUGCUGAGCUUCCUCAUGCUGGUGGGCCAGUGCCACAGCUGCCAUUUCAGAGAUACAUUUUUGAAACUGGGGCUGGAAAGAUCAUGGCCGAGGCGAAGUUCACUAGAACACUUGAACAAAGAUACAGGUGUGAUUCAGUGACUGUUUACUGUGUACCAUCUUUUGUAUUGGAACUUGGCUUUGAGAUCCGCAUUUCUGGACUUGGUGCCUUGAAGAUCGAUAUUGCUUUUGGUGGCGUAUUCUGUGCAUUUGUCGAUGUCGAAUCCGUUGGAUUGAAAAUCAAGGCCGAUUAUGGCGAGAAGUUGGUGCAGAUUGGGGAGCGGAUUAGGCACGCUCUAGCGGGUUGUGAUCUGAAGGUUGUUCACCCCAAAGAUCAUGCUAUCCGAGGCGUCAGCAACAUUGUGUUCAUUGAAAAUGUUGAGAAAGAUGGGGUGCAAAAGGUAGGUCGAAGUGUCACAGUUUUGUCUCCUGGUAGGUUGGACCGUAGUCCCUCUGGUACCUCGACCUGUGCUUGGCUUGCUGUUCAGCAUUGCCGCGGCCAAAUUGGGACUGAGACUUUCCGGAGCUAUAGCUUGCUUGGAACUCGAUUAUUUGGUCGGAUUCGUGGUGAGUUGAGAGUGGGAAGGUAUAAUGCGAUAUACACUUCUAUCCAGGGAAGAGCUUGGGUCACUGGCUUUAAGCAGGUUGCACUGGACCCGACUGAUCCUUUCACGAUGGGAUUCCGUGGUGCAGACCAGUGGGGCCCAAGUAUACGUAAAGAAGAGCCUCAAGAGCAAGAAGACAUGUUUGGUCUGGGAAUAAGCUUUGAUUCAAUGGAAAUGCAUGCGAGAGUAACCCCAAACCAAGACGCUCAGCACCCUGACUGGGAAUCCGCCAAUAAUGCUUUGGGAGAGACAUUUUGA